AAUGCUGUGAAAGAUCCACGAAUUGACCGUGUCACAGGCCUUUGCAGAAAGAUUGUGAGCACUUUCAGUCACAGCUGGCUACGGAGGAGAAACCUUGCCAUUGCCCAGAAAGAGUUCAAACUCCCUGAGCAUCAACUGAAAACUGAGUGCCCAACAAGAUGGGGAUCGAGACAAGAGAUGAUUCAGAGGAUCCUGGAACAGCUUCCAGCCAUCUCACAGAUCCUCAAUGAUCGAAAACUUAGACAUCUAGUGCCUACAUGGCAGGACAUAGAAGUCAUUGAGGCAAUGAACAACACCCUAAGUCCUCUGGCUGAAUUCACCGAUGCGCUCUCUGGAGAACUAUAUGUCAGCAUAUCCUCUGUGAAGCCGGUUCUCCACCUUUUUGAAAUCUCUGUUUUGGCUGUGCAAGAUGAUGACACACAAUUCACAAAAUCAGUGAAGUCAAACAUCCUGAAAUAUUUACAAGAGAAGUACAGUGAUCCCCAAACUCAGGAUCUACUCGACAUGGCCACAACCCUCGUUCCUAGGUUCAAGAUGAACUACAUCAGUGAGGAGAAGAAAGCCACUGUUAGAGCAAGGCUGACAGACGAGAUGACUGGCAUAACUGUAGUUAUGUCAAAUGCCUCCCCAGCACCCCCCAUGAAGAAGGGCCGAAAGACCCUUGGAAGUUUCUUCAAAACAGCACAAGGCAAUGACGAGUCCUCUUCUCUAGAGCAAGCAGUGUCCACAGAGCUGGAGGCAUAUCUUCUGGGAUGCAAGAUCGACAGUGAAGAAGACCCCUUAAUCUGGUGGGGGCAAAAUAGAUCUGUAUAUCCACGGUUGUCUGUGUUGGUGAAGAAAUACCUAUGCAUUCCAGUUACCAGCUCACCUUCUGAGCGGCUGUUCAGUACAGGGGGCAACAUUGUGACAUGCCACCGUGCAUCACUAAAGCCAGAGCAUGUGGACAGACUUGUGUUUCUGGCCAGGAAUCUUUAAGUGCCAUGUUCAGGGUCACAUAUAGGGUCAUAUGAGAGGCCUAUGUUCCAAAGAAAAGAUUUGUGUUUUAUUGAUGCUUAUUUAUGUUAAAGUUAAAGUUGGUACAGUAUACUCGUUUUUGAUACUGCACUUUUUUGUUGUCAUGGUUCAUGCGUGCAAUAAAAAAAAAAAAAAAAAAAGGUUUUUGUUAUCUGUGAGAAAAAAAUCGUGGCAGAAAAUCGAUUCAAAUAAAAAAAAUCGUGAUUCACAUUUUUACCUGAAUCGUGCUGCCCUACAAGGAAAGCAAAAAAUUGCAUUGGCAUACCCACAGCUAGUUAGCCAAGCCUGAACCAAACUCUGGAAAAACUUCUCUUGUAGGCUCUAUCCUUUUCUCUUGCUUGUUGGGCCAUGUUCACUUCUGGCUUUUCUGCUCUGAGUUCUUUUACUUGCAAUUUUUCUGCAAAUGCUCUUCUUUCGAAGAAAUUGGCAGCUGUGGAACCAGCUGCCAAUUUCAAUCAGAACUGCACCCUCUAUUGACAGUUUUAAAACCAGUAUCAAGACCCAUCUAUUUUCUGUUGCCUUUUCUUAGACUUUUUUUUUUUUUUUUUUUGUUUAAUAUGCUCUCCCUUAUGCAUAACCCUUUAUUCACUUUAUUUAUGUUUUUUUAUCUGAUUUUAUGUAUUUUAAUUUUUAGAUAUUUUGUCUUGUCUUCCUUUUAUUAUGGAAAACACUUCAUUGU